ACGAAACUCGCCCACAAACAUUCUGUGACUUCUAAGUUGUAACAUAAUUCACAAUGAAGCCAACCGUUGCAACAUUUGUGUUUCUGGCACUUGUACUCUUGAGCUCUUCUCUCCUUCAAACUACCAUAGCUGCUGGUUCAAGUUUUUGCGACUCGAAGUGUGCGGUGAGGUGUUCAAAGGCAGGAAGACAGGAUAGAUGUCUCAAAUAUUGUGGGAUAUGUUGUAAAGAUUGUCACUGUGUGCCUUCAGGGACAUAUGGAAACAAAGACGAGUGCCCAUGUUAUAGGGACAAAAAGAAUUCUAAAGGCCGCCCCAAAUGCCCAUGAAAACUCGUCCUUGGUGUUUAUCGUAUUUUUAUGUAAGAUAUUGAUCAUGAUAUAUAAAUAAACUUAUCAGUUGCUUCAGAUGAAAAGUUGUUGAGAAAUAAAAUAUUUAUAAUCCAUUGUAAUUUAUGAAAAUAUUGAUGUAAACCAUCGUCGUUUAUAUGUCUGUUAUCAUAAUAAGUUUCAUGGAA